UCCACCCUCCUUGCUUCUCAAAUUUGGUUUUUCCUGAGAGCCAGACUCUGCUGUGUUGCUGAGAGGUCCCCAUGGCCUCCAGAUUACCACAGAGGGUUCCAGGUCUCAGGGUGACAGCCAGCAGGCAGAUACACAAGAGCCUUGAUUGGCUGUGACUCAGCAACAUGGCUGUGUGACAUGCAUAUGAAGAGACUGGUGUGGUCAGAGCCAAGGGGGAAGCAGGCUCAUCACACAGACCCAGUGAUCGAUCCUGGGCCAGCCUCUGUGAAGUGGAAGCUGCGUGGUGGUACCCAGGAGAAACCCAUGGCCUUUCCUGAACUCCUGGACCGAGUGGGGGGGCUGGGCAGGUUCCAGCUCUUCCAGACGGUGGCUCUGGUGACCCCCAUUCUGUGGGUCACCACCCAGAACAUGCUGGAGAACUUCUCAGCCGCAGUUCCCCACCACCGCUGUUGGGUGCCUCUCCUGGACAACAGCACCUCCCAGGCGAGUAUCCCUGGGGUCUUUGAACCCGAUGUUCUUCUGGCCGUCUCCAUCCCACCUGGUCCUGACCAGCAACCCCACCAGUGCCUCCGCUUCCGACAACCUCAAUGGCAGCUUACAGAGUCCAACGCCACGGCCACCAACUGGAGUGACGCUGCCACUGAGCCAUGCGAGGAUGGCUGGGUUUACGACCACGGCACCUUCAGGUCCACAAUCGUGACCACGGUAACAGCACCUGGGAGGCCAAAGUCACAGUCACAGAAAGGAUGCACCUCCCAAGCCUCCUCACUCGGGAGCAACCAUUGGGACCUGGUAUGUGACUCCCAGGCUCUGAGACCCAUGGCCCAGUCCAUCUUCCUGGCUGGAAUCCUGGUAGGAGCCGCAGUGUGUGGCCAUGCCUCAGAUAGGUUUGGGCGCAGAAGGGUGCUGACCUGGAGCUAUCUUCUGGUGUCCAUGUCCGGCACAGCAGCUGCCUUCAUGCCCACCUUCCCCCUCUACUGCCUGUUUCGUUUCCUGCUGGCCUCUGCAGUGGCAGGUGUCAUGAUGAACACAGCCAGUCUCUUGAUGGAGUGGACAUCAGCCCAGGGUAGCCCUUUGGUGAUGACCUUGAAUGCCUUGGGCUUCAGCUUUGGGCAGGUCCUGACAGGUUCCGUGGCCUACGGUGUGCGCAGCUGGAGGAUGCUACAGCUGGCUGUCUCUGCCCCCUUCUUCCUCUUCUUUGUUUAUUCAUGGUGGCUGCCAGAAUCGGCACGCUGGCUCAUCACGGUGGGCAAGCUGGACCAGGGCCUGCAGGAACUACAAAGGGUAGCUGCUGUCAAUAGGAGGAAGGCAGAGGGAGACACGUUGACCAUGGAGGUGCUGCAGUCAGCUAUGCAGGAGGAACCAAGUGGGGACAAAGCUGGUGCCAGUCUGAGCACUCUACUCCACACACCUGGGCUGCGCCAGCGAACCUUCAUCUCCAUGCUGUGCUGGUUUGCCUUUGGCUUCACCUUCUACGGCCUGGCCCUUGACCUGCAAGCCCUAGGAAGCAAUAUCUUCCUGCUCCAGGCACUCAUCGGGAUUGUGGACCUCCCGGUGAAGACAGGCAGCCUGCUGCUGAUCAGCCGCUUGGGCCGGCGCCUCUGCCAGGUCAGCUUCCUGGUGCUGCCCGGACUGUGCAUCCUGUCCAACAUACUGGUGCCCCAUGGGAUGGGGGUCCUUCGCUCGUCCCUGGCUGUGCUGGGGCUGGGGUGCCUGGGGGGUGCCUUCACCUGCGUCACCAUCUUCUCCAGUGAGCUCUUCCCCACUGUGAUCAGGAUGACUGCAGUGGGCCUGGGCCAGGUGGCAGCCCGAGGGGGAGCCAUGCUAGGGCCUUUGAUACGGCUGUUGGGUGUCUAUGGCUCCUGGAUGCCCCUGCUGGUGUAUGGAGUGGUGCCAGUGUUAAGUGGCCUAGCUGCACUGCUGCUGCCUGAGACCAAGAACUUGCCACUGCCUGACACCAUCCAAGACAUCCAGAAACAGUCAGUGAAGAAGGUAACACAUGACACACCAGAUGGCGCCAUCCUGAUGUCUACCCGGCUGUAGCUGCCUGGAGAAGGAACACAGCCACAACAAUAAGAGGAGGAUGAUGAAGAGGAGGAGGAGGAGGAGGAGGAGGAGGAAGAAGAGGAAGAAAAGGAGAGAGAGGAGGAGGAGGAAAGGGCAGGGCUGGCGACGGCGGGUAAAGACAUCUGCCUCUAGGCCUAAAUGUCUGAAACUCACGUGACAACAGACUUCACAAAGUUGUCCUCUGAGCUCCGCAUGGACACAUGCCCGCCCCCGGUGAUACACACAAAUAAAUAAUUUUUAAAAGAA